CUGAGACUUUCUUCCACCUUCGGAGUAUGACAGGGAGCAGCUGCAGGUUUACACAAAGCUUAGCUUGUGGUGCUUGUGUGACAUAAGAGGGUUUCAGAAAGUGGAGCUACUUUAAAUGGGCUUUGCUGAUCAUUAUGACUGCGUCUGCACAGCUCUGUUUGAUGGGAGCUUUAAUGCUGACUGUUGGCUCGGCUUUUGGUUUAGGGCCAAACCAACWCGGGGGUUUUACUUUUAUGUUACCGGCGGGAAGCACAGAGUGUUUUUACCAAACAGCCACCAGGAACGACAGCAUGGAAAUUGAAUACCAGGUUAUAGCAGGAUCAGGUCUGGAUGUUGGAUUUGCUCUAAUCUCACCCAGCGGAUACCGGGUGGUCUCAGAGUUUAGGAGAUCUGAUGGAAUUCACGUGGUGGAAUGGACAGAAGACGGAGACUACCGCUUAUGUUUUGAUAACAGCUUCAGUAAACUGUCUGAAAAGAUUGUCUUUUUUGAGGUCAUCGUUAACAGUUUGAGUAACACAGAUGGAGGCAGAGAAGAGUGGGCAAACAUUGCAGUUUCUGAAAGUCUGGUGGACUAUAAGAUGGAAGAGAUCAGGGCCAGGAUGGACUCCGUGUACUGGCACCUGGAGAAGAGCCGUCAGGUCCAGGCUGUGCUGCGGGCCUUCGAGGCCCGGGACCGCUACCUCCUGGAGGACAACCUGUGGAGAGUGUCCUUCUGGUCCUGCAUGAAUCUGCUCAUCAUGCUCACCGUUGCAGUAUCACAGAUUUACACCCUGCGGCGUCUCUUUGAAGACAACAAGCGAGUCCGCACGUAAAUCAGAACUGCUUCAUUACCUCCAUCAACCACAGAUGAACAUUAUGAUCACCAGGAGUUGAACUUAAAGCAAGUUCAUUGUUUAAAUAACUGYUUCAAACUUUGGUUUUAUGCUGAAUAGGGCCAGAUGAUUUGUAAAUUUGAUUUUAACAUCACUUCAACACCUGAAAUCAUCAGAGUUGUAAAGUAACUAAGUACAAAUAUUUCUUUACUGUUCUUCAGUACAAUUUUUGGAUUUCUGUACUUUACUUGAGUAAUUAUUUUUCAGCCUACUUUUUACUUCUACUUCUUACAUUUUUACACAGUUAUCUGUACUUUCUACUUAUUACAUUUUUAAAAAACGUAAGAAGUAGAAAGUCGUUACUCCUAUUUCAUCACAGCUUGUUCAAAAAAUAUUAUCCUCCUAGAUAAAGUGAAUUUAAUUGUGGUUGGAUGAGAAGUAUAAAUAUACAUUAUUUUGA